CGUCGGCGUGGUCCCGCUCCCGUCGUCGGUUCUGCGCGGCGUCUCUCGCCGUUCCCCGGGGCUGCGGCCGCCGGCGGCCGGGCGGGGGCUGCUGGGCGGAGGUCGGCGCCUCCCGGGGAGCCAGGGCGAGGGAGGCGUUGCGGGGAUGGAGGUUCAGCUGUCUGUCUAUCUCUCCGGAUACCUAAAACCUGACCACCUGACCACGUUUUCCCAUUGCUGAGCUAUUUCCCUGAUAUCUGGCCAUGCAGCGGAGAUCAAGAGGGAUAAAUACCGGACUUAUUCUGCUCCUUUCUCAAAUCUUCCAUGUUGGGAUCAAUAACAUUCCACCUGUCACCCUAGCAACUUUGGCCCUCAACAUCUGGUUCUUCUUGAAUCCUCUGAAGUCACUGUAUAGCUCCUGCCUUAGCGUGGAGAGGUGUUACCAGCAAAAUGACUGGCAGCGAUUACUGCUGUCUCCCGUUCACCAUGCUGAUGAUUGGCAUUUAUAUUUCAAUAUGGCAUCCAUGCUCUGGAAAGGAAUACAUCUAGAAAAAAGAUUGGGAAGUAGAUGGUUUGCCUGUGUUAUCACCACAUUUUCCGUACUUACUGGAGUGGUAUACCUGCUCUUGCAAUUUGCUGUUGCUGAAUUUAUGGAUGAACCUGACUUCAAAAGGAGCUGUGCUGUAGGUUUCUCAGGAGUUUUGUUUGCUUUGAAAGUUCUUAACAACCAUUAUUGCCCUGGAGGCUUUGUCAACGUUUUGGGCUUUCCCGUACCGAACAGAUUUGCUUGUUGGGUCGAACUUGUGGCUAUUCAUUUAUGCUCACCAGGGACUUCCUUCGCCGGGCAUCUGGCUGGAAUUCUUGUUGGACUAAUGUACACUCAGGGGCCUCUGAAGAAAAUCAUGGAAGCAUGUGCAGGCAUUUUUUCCUCCAAUGCUGGUUACCCAGGACAGCAAUACUACUUUAAUAGUUCAGGCAGCUCUGGAUAUCAGGAUUAUUAUCCGUAUGGCAGCCCAGGUCACUCUGAAGAAGCACCCAGGAACUAUGACGCAUACACAGCAGGACUGAGUGAAGAAGAACAGCUUGAGAGAGCAUUACGAGCCAGCCUCUGGGACCGAGGAAAUACCAGAAAUAGCCCACCACCCUAUGGGUUUCGUCUCUCAGCAGAAGAAAUGAGAAGACAGCGGCUUCACAGAUUCGAUGGCCAGUGAGGUGGCAUCUUGGGAAGAUGUGUUUUUUUCAUGUAAUUAUUGUCCAUUUGGUUCAUUCUGCAAGCCCCUUAUUCAUUUUAAACAAAAGCAGAGUGUACCGGUAUUGCCGUGGAUGGCUCACGUCUGCCUGGGACUGGUCCUUCCAUGACCCCUCUGAUUCAGCUCACAUUUUGAUGGGCGUGGGCUCAUACAGGUCACUUCCUCCACGAAGGGACCAGUUUCCACACUCCCCUCUCUCACCACUGAGUCAGCAAUGCCUCUGCCUCUCUCUGCCUUUGAAAACUGCCACCUUCACCGGGAGAUUUUACUCUGACCAGGCAGGAAGAUGAGUUUCUCAUCCUGCCUGGAGUGCCCUGUGUUUGACUUGGCAGUGGGUGCAGAGCCCUCUCCCCAUCCUCCCAGCACGUCACCACUGCGGCUGUCCAGGAACAGGAUGUGGCUGCCUUGGCCACGUGUGGUCCUACUCUCUCCCACCACAGUGCCUCAGCUCCUCAACUCCUCCGGCCCCUGCAUCUGACUGCUGUUUGCAGGGCCUUUGCUUUGCUCUGGUAUUGCUCUGCCUUUAUAGAAAGUCUUAUGGAAGAAGUAUAAGAGAGACCUCAGGUGGGAAGACCCCUACACACACCAUGAGUAUCACAUGACACCAGCAGUGUAGGUUCCCAGCCACCCGCCGGUGGCAGCUUGUGUGCCCAGGAGACAGGACUUGUCAUUUGUGAAUCAGCAAAGUAGCAGCAGAUGCCACAUACAGAGUAGAGUGAAGGCAUUCGGUGGACCGGUCACUAGAGAGCUGUCUUGCAGAAAGUACGUUUUUCCUCAUCAAAGUGCCUCUUAAUUGGCCACUGUGCCAGCCACUUGUCCUAGCCAAAUGUCCAAAACACGCCCUUGGGCCCCACAGUGUUAAAAUCCACAGAUUGUCUGUCUGAGUCAUUCGAGUUUUUUCCUGGUGCUUGUAUUCCGCGAAUAAAAGGGCAAAGUCAAAAGAUCA